UCGUAUGUUUAGUAACGAUUUUUACGUUCUUCAGGUCGGUAGGUCCAGUCGCUCUCGCGGUUACGUUAAUUCCGCGCAUCAAUCUUUCACCUGGAUAAUAUUUUAACAAGAAUCCGCGAUAAAAAUGUCGAAGAGGAAUAGCACGGGCGAAGAUUACAGAAAAGGGUCAAGUGCCUACAGAGCGGCGGAUCGCAGAGGGGACGACUGGGAAAGGGAUCGAUCACCGCUGCGCGAUGAUCACUGCAACGAGACCAGCUCUGACCAGACUAAUCACAAGAAGCAGAAACUUACUUUUGGCUUCGGAAAGAAACCUCUACCCACCGAGCAGAAGAAGGGCAUCCAAAUCAAACUGGGAUCAGGAUCUAAGCCUAGCGUGAAACCAGCUGUAGUUCAGAAGCCGACAGUUGCUUCAGUGUUUAAUGCCGAUGAUGAUGACGAGCCUGAAGAAAUGCCUGCCGAAGCAAGAAUGCGAAUGAGAAAUAUCGGUCGGGAAACACCGACAUCGGCAGGUCCGAAUUCAUUUGGAAAAACGAAACAAGGAUUCUGUGAUUCAAAGAAGAUAUUUGAGAAGACAUUAAAGAGGGCUAUGGAGGAAGCUCAUAAAUGAUUUAUUGAACUAUGCAGCAUCUAUUGAAAUCGACUGUUGUUAACUAUACAUUAAUUUAAUAAUUAAUUUAAAAGGUAUCUACCAAUACUAGCUUAUCAGUAGAACCACAGUUAUAGAGGGAAAAAAAAUUCUACUAAAAAUUGAAUCGAUAAAAAGAUAUAGCACCACUUGAGAUUCGUGUCUUUAAGAAAGAAUUUCAUUACCAGAAAUAUAAUUAUUAUUACAGUUAAUCGUGAGUAUAAUAUAGCAGAAGAAACUAAUAUCAUUGUCAUGUAGAAAUACCAUGUCGUUUCACGUCUUCGCUGAACAACUAUAACGUCUUUAGUUUUUAUGAAGCAUUCGAACCUGGUGAUAAAAUUCUUUCGGAUAAUGCACAUCUGCGAUUUAAUUAAAAUUAAUAUCUUACAUUCAUUAAAAUGUUCCAAAAAGAACUUUGGAUACAUACCGUUUUUACCUGACUCAUACCUUUCAAAAUGAUACAACUCGGAUAGUAUUUUUGAAAGUCUGGACACUAAUAAAACUCCUGGUAUACCAACUGUUUUACCAUUUAGAUAACAAGAAAUUAUCGCUUUUUGUACAGCAUGUAAAUUGCAAUAAACAAUCGUACAGACAUUUUGAAAAAGAAA